AUGUCGUAUUAUUUCAAGAAUAUCAAACCUGGGGUCGAAUCUGAAUCUGAUGAAGGAGAAGAUCUAGAAAGAUUACUUAGAAGAAACAACCAAGAUGAUGCCGAUGAGUCUAGCGAUGAUGAACUAAGAACACUAUCAUUUGGAUCUUUAAAGAAAGCUGAUACUAUGAUGAAGAAGGAAGAAGACGGUGAUAGAAAAUUGAAUCGUAAAAUAAAGGAUAAACCAAGUAAGCAAGUCAAGUAUGAAUCAGAACAAGAAUCCGCACCAGAACAAGAAUCCGAGUCAGAAUCAGGAUCUUCAGAUUCAGAGUUCUUUGAAGAAGAAAGUUCUAAGAAGAAUGGUGACCAAAAGAAGAAGAAGAAGAGGAGUAAGCAUGCCCCUGCUGAGCAAUCUGCUAAGAAACGAGUAUCUAAAGUAAGAGAAAUUCCAGGUUUGCAUCUAUCAAAGAGUCAAAAUCCAAACCUAUACCAAGAUAUCAGAUUUGAUAAAUCCACAGGUGGGCCCACUGAUAGCAGUGUCAUUAGACGACGCUAUGGAUUCUUAGACGAAUAUAGACAAAAGGAAAUUGAAGAGAUGGAAUCCAUAUUGCACGAUCGUAAAUUGACCUCUAAACUACCGCCAGAGGAAGUCGAAUCCAUUGAAAGAAGACUAAAAAGUACUAAAUCAAGAUUACAGACUAUGAAGAGUAAAGACUUGGAACAGAACAUUGUCAAGGACUAUGAACAGACAAUGAACAAAGACAAUAAGAAUAAAUUCCAUCUAAAGCGUUCUGAAAGACGUAAACUAGUGCAGAAGUGGAAGUUUGAACACAUGAAGUCGAAGCAACGUGAGAAAGUUAUGGAGAGAAAGAGAAAGAAGAGAUUGGGUAAAGAAUUUAAACAAUUUGAAUUCAACAAAUGA